UGUGAUAUCCUUAAAGAUUGGAAGGAUCCAAAUGGUUUAUUGCAAGCCCUUUUUUUUUUUGAUGUAAAAGAAAAGGUCUUUUUGGCUGGAGCUAGGGCAAUGGGCAUUUUUUACGAACUGGUCACCACACCGUUUUGGUUACUCUUAGAGAAAGCUGGAUCCAUCCUGGAAAUUAAUGAUGAACUUCAUCAAAUGAAACUGACUUUGACAACCUGGGCCAAUGAUGGGUCAGAGCCGCUUAAAGGCACACCAUUGUUUCCUCUACAUGUUAUUGCGUACAAAUCUUCUAAAUUUCAUGAUGUUCUUUUCAAUGACUCACAAUUGGAUUCUUUAACUGUAAUUGCUCUUGAACUUUUAAGUGCACAAUUGCUGAUUAUCUUGGAACGACAAGCGGCAACACAGUUACCAGGAGGAAAUAAUGUGCCAACAACUAAUGUCAUUAGCGAAAGAGAUAUGGCUAUUCUUGACAACCUUUUGCGCAUCAAGCCAUCUUCUUCUACCAUGUCUCUAGAAACAAUUUUGAUGUGGACUAGAAAUAAACCUUCUGUCUGGCUUGAAACUAUGUCUGAAAACGAGAAAGACAAUGUUUUAAAACAUGCAAUGAAAUUUGGACCAACAUAUGUGAAGAAUUUCCGUGAACAUUAA